GCUGAUCAUCGUGACGCUGCUGCUGUGGGACCUGUUAGGCUGGGCUUGUAUGGCAGGCCUCGUCGUCAUCGUGCUCUUCAUUCCCCUACAAAGCUUCAUGGGUAAGAUUUUCUCGCGGCUGCGGCUGCAGACUGCGCAGCGCACGGACGAGCGCGUGCGCGUCAUGAACGAGAUCGUGAACGCCAUGCGCGUCAUCAAGAUGUACGCCUGGGAGCUGCCCUUCGCAGAGAUGGUCAAGAAGUUCAGGAAAUCAGAGAUCGACGUGAUCAUGCACACGAACUACUACCGUGCCGUGAACAUGUCGCUCUUCUUCACGUCCGCGAAGCUGGUGGUGUUCCUCGCGCUGCUCACCUACGUUGUCACGGGCAACGCUCUCACCGCCGAGAAGGUGUUCGUGACUAGCGCUCUAGUGAACAACGUGCGGCUCGUCAUGACGCUCUUCUUCCCCAUGGCGAUCUCAAUGGGAUCUGAAACGCUCAUUUCCUGUAGGCGUCUACAGGAAUUCUUCGAAUUAGAGGAGAUUGGCAGUGGACUUAAAGUUGAGCACGUCGAGGACAUCGGCCCUAAUGAGAGCGCAAGCGUCCAAGUCGAGAAUUUGUCAGCGAAGUGGACCGAAGAAGCGACCGUCCUCACCCUAGAGUCCAUCUCGGUCUCGGUCCAGGCGGGCGAGCUGCUCGCUGUGGUGGGGCCUGUCGGCUCAGGCAAGGGUUCCCUUCUACACGCCAUCCUGGGGGAGUUGCCGGCGCUCGAAGGCACCGUUGCCGUCAAAGGGAAGAUCGCUUACGCCUCGCAAGAGCCGUGGCUCUUCUCAGGCUCCGUCCGACAAAAUAUCCUCUUCGGGAGAGAAUACGACGAGAAGAAAUACGGCGAGGUCAUUAAAGUGUGUGGGCUGGAGGCAGACCUGCAGCUGCUGAGCGAAGGCGACCGCACGCUUGUGGGCGAGCGCGGCACGUCGCUCAGCGGCGGCCAGAAAGCGCGCAUCAACCUGGCCCGAGCGGUGUACAUGUCGGGGGACGUGGUGCUGCUCGACGACCCCCUGAGCGCCGUGGACACCGUCGUGGGGCGCCACCUCUUCCGCCGCUGCAUCCGCGGCCACCUGCGCCAGAAAGCUGUCAUCCUCGUCACCCACCAGCUCCAGUACAUCCGCGCCGCUGAUAACAUCCUCGUUCUCAAUGAGGGCCAAUGUGAAGCUUUUGGGACUUACCACCAGCUGGUGAACAAAGGCUUGGACUUCACGUCGCUCCUGCAGGAGGAGAAGGACGAUGCUUCCAACGCAGGCUCGAUCUGCCUGCCUCCUCACAUCAGCAACAAGAACCUCCACAACGCGUUGAGACGUGGGUCGAAUUUGAGCCGGCAAGGAAGCAUCAGGUCCAUAGGAAGCAGCUCACUACGGAAGAAAGGGGACAACCCCAUGAUGUACGACUCGGCUCUCAGCAUCGCCGGCUCCGUCACAUCCCUCGACUACACUCAUGAUGCUAUGGACGACACGACCGAAACCUUGGAGGAAAAUUGGCGGAAAUCUUCGUCUAAAAAUAAACAAGCUGACGAUGUCAAACCCGAAAAUAAGAAGUACACCGAACUGCGUUCCACUGGUUCGGUAUCCGGUAAAAUUUAUCUCAAGUAUUUCCUUAAUGGCGGCCACUGGAUGGUGUGCCUCGCGCUGGCGCUCGCGAGCGUCGCUACGCAAGUGCUCUACUCGACCACUGACUACUGGCUGUCUUAUUGGACCAACGGGGAGCAGCUUCGACGGACCACCUCUGCCCUCAACUCUACUCACGACUCUGCCCUCGACUUUCCCCUCAAUACUACCAUCAACUUUGCCCUCAAUUCUACCCUCAACUCUACGCAGUCGCCGCCAGAGCCCACGCUGCCCUCAGGUUACCUCGAUACCAAAACCAACAUCAUCGUCUACACUUCGUUGGUGGGAAGCUUAUUCCUGCUGUCGCUGGGCCGCACGAUCCUCUUCUUUGUGAUCUGCAUGACGUCAUCCAAGCGACUACACAACAAGAUGUUCUCGGCCGUCAUCAGGGUCCCCAUCCAAUACUUCGACACGCAUCCAAUCGGACAAGUUUUGAACAGGUUUAGCAAAGACCUGGGCCAGAUAGACGAUCUCUUGCCCUCUUGUUUUUGGGAUUUCUUUGAAAUCUCGCUCAAUAUUGUGGGCAUCAUAACUGUCAUUGCCUCUGUGAACCCUUACCUGCUCAUACCCACCUUCAUUCUGGCCGGCAUAUUCUGGUACAUCAGAAGGUUCUACCUUGGCUCUGCCAGAGACAUCAAACGGCUUGAGGGCAUCACCCGAAGUCCAGUUUUCUCGCACCUGAGCACCUCGCUGCACGGCCUCACCACCAUCAGGGCCUUCAAAGCACAGGAAUCGUUCGCCAAGGACUUCGAUGACAUUCAAGACGUACAUUCCGCAGCCUGGUUCUUGUUUAUCUGCACGACGCGCUGGUUUGGCAUCUACUUGGAUUGCUUAUCGUGCCUUUACAUCGCCAUCGUUACGUACAGCUUCUUGGGCAACAGCCAUUCUCUGGGAGGAGACGUCGGGCUGGCGAUAUCGUCAGCCAUGAGCUUGUCAGGAAUGUUUCAGUGGGGAGUGCGUCAGUCAGCCGAGGUUGAAAACCAGAUGACGUCAGUCGAGCGCGUGCUGGAGUUCAGUAAACUGGAACCAGAGGCGCCACUCACCACUGAAGAAGACAAGAAGCUGGACCCGCAGUGGCCGCGUUCUGGCAGCAUUGAGUUCAUUGACGUGAGCCUUAAGUACGACGAAGCCAAACCUCCCGUCUUGAAGAAGCUCAACUUCGCUGUGUCGUCUGGGGAGAAGAUCGGCAUCGUGGGACGUACAGGAGCCGGAAAGUCUUCCCUCAUUUCGUGCCUCUUCCGCCUGACGGAGCCGACCGGCCAAAUCAUCAUCGACGGCGCUGACGUCAGCAAGUUGGGCCUCCACACGCUACGUAAAAACAUCUCUAUCAUUCCCCAGGAUCCAACUCUUUUCAAUGAUACAUUCCGCAAAAAUCUGGAUCCAUUCUCUCAGCAUUCAGACGAAGAACUUUGGCUUGCGCUCGAAGAAGUGCAGCUGAAGGAAGCAGUGCAAGAGACCCCCGGGGGGCUGGAGCACGUGGUGUCGGAGGGCGGCAGUAACCUGAGCGUGGGGCAGCGUCAGCUCGUGUGCCUCGCCAGGGCCAUCAUCUCGCAUAACCCCAUCCUGCUCAUGGAUGAGGCCACCGCCAACGUCGACCCCAAGACGGACGAGCUCAUCCAGACGACCAUCCGAGACAAGUUCCGGUCGUGUACGGUGCUCACGGUCGCCCACAGACUCCACACCAUCAUGGACAGCACCAGAGUCAUGGUGCUCAGCGCCGGCCAGCUCAAAGAGUUCGACGCCCCACACUUGCUACUCAAGGACAAGAAAUCUGUGUUCUCUGAGCUGGUGAGCCAGGCAGGUACAUCCACUGCAUCACACCUAAGGAACCUGGCGUUAACGGCCUUCUCGAUGGCCAGCGCCGACGAUGGCAAGAGAUCGAGCAGCAGCAGCACCAGCCCAACAGGCCGUAGCCCUGUUAGCGUCGCCAGUGAUCUUAGUCCUGUAAGCUUAAUAACUGCAAAAGAUGUGGACAUGACCCAUAUUAAAACCACGUCAGAAAGAGGAAGCGAUAAAGACUCAGAGGCCAUAGCGCCAUCUAGCCCAAGAAUUGACCCAGAAGUUGCGUCUGCCAGUCACGGGUCUAUCGACGAGCUUACUAAAUUGUAGAAACAUUUAAGGCCGUACAAAUAUCGGGGUCCAUUCAUCUUUGGUGUAAUGAUUGUUGAUAUUUUUCUUACCAUGAUAAAUUCCCGUCCAUUUAAUGGCUGGUAUUUUUAAUAGUUAAUCGCUUUUACUUCUUAUUACUUUGAUACUGACGAUGUGAAAAUGAAGGAUGAGAAGUCGGCAAUUAUAUUGCAACACCUUUGUGAAUCUUAUUGGAUGUUAAAGUUUCAGUUUUACGUUAAACUAAGUCUCCAUUACAUUUUACCGUAAAAUAAAGGAAAUUUUACCAUAUGCCUGAUUCACUGGUUUUGGUACCAGUGGACGUUGAAGACUUCAGGGACGUGAUCAGUUUCGCGACGUGUUAAUUAUGUGGUCAAAUUGAGACAUGAUGGAAUUCCCUGCGUAGCGCUUAUUAUUGCUAUAAUUUUGAGUUGGAAAAUGCCUACUUUCCUACAUGAGUCAGCUUGCUGUCUUACGCGUUGAGCAUUCUACGUCAAGCUUUCUACUUUUUGCGAUUCUCUAAUAAUCUUGUCAAGUAAAAUAACUAUUCAUCACUAUGAAUUGUAUUAGGUAAUUCAUAGGUGCCAAUGUUUCGGAAUUGGACCUGAGAAUAGCCUCGCUUACGAUUAUUUGUAAAAAUUUCUUGAUACAAUUAAGAAUCGGUUUAAAAUACAAAUAUGUGCUAGUGGACCUGGAUGAAACCUAGCGCCUUCAUAUUUGAUUAAAGGAACGAAUAUAUUGUUGAACAUAAA